GGCAGCUUUGCAAAUCAUCCAUUUUGAAAGAUUUGCCCAGGGAAUCCGUUCAUUUUAAGCACUACUCUUUAACACAUUCACCUAGCUGAUGCUGAUGUGUACUAACAUUAAAGAGCUCUUCAUAAACAGUAUGACUAUGAAUGACUUACAUUCACACAAAAAUGUACAGAGGCAGCAAACGUAUGUCAGGAGUGAAAUACUGCGAACUAAUAACUUAGUAGUCGUAGCAGAUUUCCAUUGUGAUCGUGCUUUCAGCCUGGGUGGUCAUGGUUAACCUCAUUCAUCUAGGUGUAUUUAUUUUCGACGCAGUUUAUUACCUGUCCUUUGAUUGGCCAGUGAAAACACGUGAUCAACGGGCUCGCACACGUAUUUUGUGACGUGGAGACUCAGGAAGUGAUUGCACGGUGUGCAUGUGUUCUCUUACAUGUUGAGGAAGCGUUAUAGCGUUUGUGCGUAAUUUACUUUCUGCUUAAAUGAAUAAUAUGGAUGACGAUAUUUUAAGUCUGAAGAAACAGCUCCUGGAAAAAGAUGCGGAAAUCGCUGCUUUAAAAAACAAGCUCCAGCAAAUCCAUAAGGAUAAUUCUUUACUAAUGGACUUACAAGACCAGGUAUCGCAUUUGGCUCAGCUGCAGUAUACUUCUUUAACCAACGAUGACAUUAUGCGAUACAGUAGGCAGCUGCUCUUGCCAGAGCUCGGUGUCAAAGGUCAGAUGAGUCUCUUAAACACGUCUGUUUUGGUGGUGGGAUGUGGAGGUUUAGGUUGUCCUCUAGCCCUCUACCUCGCUGCGGCUGGAAUAGGGCGUUUGGGACUGUUGGAUUAUGACGAGGUGGAGCUAAGUAAUCUGCACAGACAGGUUCUGCACACAGAGCGGACACAGGGUCUGCCCAAAGCCCAGUCUGCAGCACAGGCCCUAAGCAGGUUAAAUUCUACAACACAGUGUGUGCCAUAUCAUCUCCAGCUCUCCUCUGAGAAUGCCUUACAACUCAUCCAACAGUAUGACAUUGUGGCUGAUUGUUCAGAUAAUGUUCCAACACGGUACCUUGUCAACGAUGCCUGUGUUCUCAGUGGCAAACCCUUAGUGUCUGCAAGUGCUUUGCGAAUGGAAGGCCAGCUCACUGUGUAUAAUUACAAUGGAGGGCCUUGCUACAGGUGUUUAUAUCCUGUUCCCCCACCACCUGAAACUGUCACAAACUGCUCUGAUGGAGGAGUCUUAGGAGUGGUGGUUGGAGUCAUGGGCUGUCUUCAAGCUUUAGAGGUUCUGAAGAUUGCUUCUGGCCAAAAAUCUUCCUUUGGACAGCAGCUGCUGAUGUUUGAUGCUCAGGAUGGUCGGUUUCGCUGCAUAAAGCUGAGAGCCAAGCAGGCUGGCUGUGUUGUUUGUGGAGAGACGCCCACAGUAACAGAGCUGCAGGACUAUGAGAGCUUCUGUGGCUCGUCUGCAACAGAUAAGUGUCGAAGAUUGAAUCUUCUAUCUGCAGAACAGCGAGUCUCUGUGCAGGAGUAUAAAUCCAUUGUGGACUGCGGUACUCCUCAUCUCCUACUUGAUGUUCGGCCCAAAGUAGAGGUGGACAUUUGCCAUCUGCCAGUUUCCAUCAAUAUUCCACUGGCCAGUUUAGAGGAUCAAAAGGGAGACCAUAUUCACUUCUUAAAGGAGAAGAUCAGUGAGCUAAAAUUGCAGAUGAGCUCUGAAUUAGAAGUCCCAGUGUAUGUAGUGUGUAAACUGGGGAAUGACUCUCAGACGGCUGUGCAGCUACUGGAGAUGAUGUCUGGAACUGAACUAGAGAACAUCACUGUCAAAGAUAUCACUGGAGGCCUGAUGGCCUGGGCUAAUAAGAUUGAUCCCUCUUUUCCAAAAUAUUAACUUUCAUUCAUUUGUAUUUCUUUAUCCAAAAGUAAACAACCUAGUCAUUA